AUGGAGACGGUGCGUGUGGCCGUGAUGCUGCUGCUGUGUGCGUGUGUGCUGUGUCUGGGGCAGAGGUCCCGGGACGAGAGCGCAGUCGCGUCCGCCCUGGGACUGGUCGACGAUGUUCUUGACGAGUUCCUGGAUGAAGGAAACAGAGCUUUGAGUGUGGAGAAGAAGGCCAGUGUGAUCCCCCGGUGCGACGUGGGCGAACGCUGUGCGCUCAAACACGGCCCCAGAAUUGGUCGACUCUGCGAUUGUCUCCGAGGAGCAGCCUGCAACAGUUUCUUCUUGCGUUGCUACUGA